AGGCUCCGUCCGAGCGCCGCGUCAGCCUCGUCACAAAACUCGAAGUUAGUCUCGCAAUGGCGUUAGUGGGAGGUGGUCGUGUGUUCGUUUAGUCUCAAUUCAACCCGAGCGGACACCGGCCCAAAAUAUUAGCUUGUCUAUACGCGUUCGAAUUGCACGAAUUUAAUUCUAGUAAUUCCGUGUUAAUAAAGCGAGAUUCGCCACCACGGACAGACAAAUUUUGGUACGAUAUCCUCUCAGGGCGAAUCAUUUCAAGAUCAUGAUCAUCUCAUCAUAGUUCCUUCUUCGUUUAUAAGUGUUUGUGUUCUGUGAACAUUAGUGUGUAUUUGUGACAGUGACAGUGUUAUAGUGUUGUGAUGGAUCCCGGAUCCCCCUCCUUGUUGUUUCCGUUGCGCCUGAGCAAGCCUGCAGUGACGGUUCCCGUGCCGGCUACUGGAGAGCACAGCAAAGCGGAUGAGCGGGCGCAAUCACCUUCGCUUGCGGACCGCUUGUCAGCCGCUCCAUCGCCAUCGAGCCCAGCACCGCCCAGCCCUGCACCCCCCCAACACCAGUUCCAAGCAGCCCUGGUGGCUGAAAAGUAUCUCUUACUGGAACAAGUCGAAGGCUCAUCGCUUUGUCGGUGUGUGGACGUGCGCACACAAGAGGAAUAUGUUUGCAAAGUGGUAUCAAGAGACUGCAGUAGCCUCCUCCAAGCGCACUACCGCCUCGACGGUCACCCAAAUGUAAACCCUAUCCACGAAGUUCUGGUUGGGGAUAAGAGGGUGUACCUUAUAUUUCCAAGGUCGCACUCCGAUCUCCAUUCCUAUGUGAGGGCGAGGAAAAGGCUAAGGGAACACGAAGCUCGGAGACUGUUCAGGCAAAUGGCGGAAACUGUUGCUGCGUGUCACGAACAAGGGAUCGUCUUACGAGACCUCAAGUUAAGGAAAUUCGUCUUUGCCGAUCCUCAAAGGACGACACUAAAGCUUGAGUCGUUAGAAGAUGCUGUCGUGUUAGAUGACCCUGAAGAAGAUCUCCUUCAAGAUAAGAGAGGGUGUCCCGCGUACGUGUCGCCCGAGAUACUCCGAGCCCAUCGGACGUACUCGGGCAGAGCCGCCGAUAUGUGGUCGCUCGGCGUCAUUCUAUACACCAUGCUGGUUGGAAGGUAUCCGUUCAACGACUCGGAGCAUGCAUCGCUGUUUGCGAAGAUAUCUCGCGGAUUCUUCGUAGUGCCGGAAUGCUUGUCAUCGCGAGGCAAAUGCUUGAUCCGCUCCCUGUUGCGGCGGGAGGCGUGCGAGCGGCUGAGCGCGCGCGACGUGCUGCGCCACCCGUGGCUGGCGCGCGACCCGCGCAACGAGCUGCCGCCUCGUGCCGCCGCCUCGCUCGACCGCCUCGUGCCCGACGUGCCCAUGGACGAGGACCUCGUCUAGCACCGCCCCGCGACUGGUGCUGGCGCCAGUUCCGAGCACGUGUCAUCCUUCAAUAGCACAACUAGGGUUGCCAUUCGCGAAGAUUCUGAAGAUUCAUAGAACGAAUUCUAUAUCAUAAGUCCAAGUCAAAUCUACAGUUUAAUUUGGUGAAUGCCAACCCUCCACGCGGCCCGGUCCCUGCGCUCGCACACCGACGGCCUAUAGUUUUCAUUUAAUCCGGCCUAAAUCCGUGUAAGCUUGCGGUCACUGACUGAAAUGUCGGAUCCCGCGCUCCGUCGAUGUUUGAAUUUCAGCAAUUAGUAUCCCAAGCCAAAUAAAGGUCUCUAUCGAGAUUUUAAUUUAGUGAUUACGGGACGGGCGAAGGCGGCGGGUCCGUUAUCCGCCCGUCCGCUUAAUUUAUGAAGUAGAAGCGAACGGUACCACAAUAAGAAUCGCAUAAUCGAUACAUAUUAAACGUACACUUUUAGUAGUAUAAUAAAUUGUAUGCGGCUUUUAUUGGCGCUACGUCGGCUUUUACAGCUGUGGUAUAAGUAAAGUUCGUAAUGACAGAAUAAGUGAGACUGAUAUCGCGUUUUUGUGAUCUAACUAUGAAAUAUAAGCGAUCCAUCUCGCUUCGCACGCGGGUCGGCCCCGGCUCGUGUACGGAGCGUUCUGUUAACUACUGCGGUAAUUCCUGUUAAGCCAAUUAAUUAUAUCGAUUUCACAUCAAUAUAGAUGGAUAUAUUGCAUUGAAAUUGUGGCUGUAGUUUUAGGUGAACUACCUAGGUGUGUAUAUUUUGUAUUUAUAUGAAAAAUAAUAAAUUUAUAUCGUGUAAUUGUGAUCUCCACCGAUGUUAUUUAGCGAUUACUUGAUUGCCAUUAUGUUGUUGUACAAAAGGGAAUGUCUUUUGUUUAACGACGAUCAGUUGCUUCCAUCAUAGAGUAUUAUAUUUGAUUUUUUGGUUAAUCUAUAUCAUGAUUAUGUAUUCGGCAUAUAUAUGUGUGAAUUAAAUAUUUUGUUAUAAACUUUAUCGAUCAAAAUUAUGUUAUUCGCAUCACCAUGUACCGAAUAAGAUCGUAGUUUGGUUUGUGCCAUUUAUUUAAUUUUAAUUAAUUUAUUCGUUGUUUUAAUUGACGGUGUGACGGCGGCACUUCUUCCUAAUAUUUAAUUAUAUCAUUUGGUACUUGGUGUUGAGUUGAAAUCGAUUUGUUAUUUGAAAUCAUUAUUUUUUUUUAUAAAUUGAAUCGUUUAAAAAAAAUCGAUAAUGUUACCAUGAUGAUCAAAAUUGUUGUUUUUAUUUGUAAUUUUCAGUCUUGUUGCAUUGUCUUUUUGAAUUCCUGUUUGAUCUUUCAUAGAAUUGAAAGUGAUUUCGAUAUAGUCAAGUCUUUCAAUUUUGAAAGCGUACUGUACAAUAGUUUACUGUAUAAUAUACUAUUAAUACAUUAAUUUAUACAAACUGUAAAUAAACUAAGAUAUAAUAAGGUUAUCAAAAAAAGAAAGAAAUGAUAGAGGGAAUAAAUAAUUUAGA